AUGCCACACGCUAAAAAUACAUCAUUACAAGAAAAAAGAAGAAACUCACAGCAAACUCAAUUGAUUAAUACCCAAAGUUCAGGUUCAGUAGAUAUUAGGAAAAUUUGUCAUCGUUGUAAGAAACCUAUAUUCCCAUCUAAUAAUAAUAAUAACAACAACAACAACAACAGCAACAAAAAUAAUAAUAAUAAAUCAAACUCCGUAUUAAAAGCUUUAGGUCAUUAUUACCAUGAACACUGUUUCACGUGCCAUGAUUGUUCGACACUUUUAAAACCAAAAUAUUUUCCUUAUAAAGAUGAAACUUCUGAUUCAAAUGAAAAAAUACUAUUAUGUCAAUACCAUUACUUUAAAAGAAAUAAUUUGUUAUGUCAUGUUUGUGAUAACCCAUUAAGAGGCCUUUAUUUCACUGCAUUCGGCGAAAGAUAUGACGAAGAACAUUUUUCAUGUAUCAUUUGUAAAACACCAUGUGGUGUCAAGAAAUGUUUUAUGUUCAAUGAUCAAUUAUAUUGUAAAUAUCAUUUCUUAAAAUAUUUUUCUAAGCGUUGUAAUGGUUGUCAUUAUCCGAUAUCAGAUCAAUAUAUAGAAUUCCCAAGGGGGAACGACAUUUAUUGUUGGCAUCCAGAAUGUUACGGUAUUCAUAAAUAUUGGCAUGUAGAUUUAUCAGCUGAAACAUUAGGUUUGCCUGGAUUACCAAAGACAAAUUUUACUCCACCUAUCGAUGCUAAUAAUUUUCAACUUUUAGAUACCAAACCAACCCCAAUUGAAUUGGAAAAACAAAUGCAAGCUUUCAAUUUCAUAUUAACUAAAACAUGGACUACAUUAUAUCGAUUCGAAGAAGAAACUGCAUCAUGUAUCUCUGAUAUGUUCCAAUAUCUUACAAGCCAUAAUCAAUUGAAAGGUAUAGAUUCCACCGCUUUAUUCGUUUUAAAAAUUGAGUGUUUAUUCAAAGCUUUAGAUAUGUUCGAAAUCUGGAAUCCCAAAAUUGAAACGACAGCAGCAAAAAAUAUCGACAUAAAUGAGGGCGACAAUAUUGAGGAGGAAGAAACUGAUAAUGCAGAUCAUUCAAAUAAAUCCAAAUCUUCUAAAUAUCCAAGAAACUUAACUACUAAAAUUAUGAUUUAUUUACAAUUACUGAGGAAGUUAGGAACAGAAUCUAAGACAGAAAAAGUUACAUUAUCAUCAUUCAUGUCUGUAAUUACAGGCUUAGCUCAUUUCUUAAAGCUUAUCACCCGCCAUGCAUUAAAUGCAGCAUUGGAAAGUGACAAAAAAAAUCAUUCUGCUAACGUAUUGCUUAAAUUUUUACGAGAAGUGGAAAAAAAUGAAUUGUUUGAAAGACAACCAUUUUCGAAUAUACGUCUUUCAAUUAACACUACCGAUUGUUGUAAGUCUUGUAACAGAUAUAUUCAAAAGGAAUGUAUCCAAUUCCAUGAUUAUAGGUGGCAUCUUCAAUGUUUCAAAUGUUCAUCAUGUCAUAAAUUAAUCAACGUAACUGACGUUACUGAUACAACAUAUAAUAAGGAACUAAAUCGUACUCUUUGUUCUGAUUGUUCAAUUGAUGAUCCAGGAUCAGUCCCUGGCUUUAAAUUUGUUACAAAAUUAAGUCAAUUAAUAUUCCUUUUAAAAAUCGCAUUAAUUAGAUCUAAGGCUGUCAUGGAGAUCCAAAUGAAAAGCAAAAUAAGUAGGAAAAAUAUGGGAGACUUUGAAGAUGAUGUAUUAAUGCAACAAACCUAUGUAAGAACUUUAAAUGAUAUUAAAAGAUUAAAAUCAAGAAGAGAGAGCGUUAAAGUCUCUCGCAACAAACAAGAAGCCAGAAGAUCUCGCAUUAUGGAAACUUCAGAAAUUGAUGUUGAUAAAUUAAAUUUGCAAGACCAAAAAAGUUUGAAAAUUACUGUCGAAACACCAAGUUCAAGUUCGAAAAACGUUGAUAACAACUUCUCUGACAAGAUGUUUGACAAUACUAAGACAUUGACAUUGGAUGAUAUUUCUAGAAUUGUUGCAGCUGAACAAGCCAGAGAGUUAAGACCAAACGCAUUUGCUCACUUUAAAAAGUUAAAAGAUAAUGAUGAAGAGGAAAUGUUGAAUCCAACUUUACAAAAAAGUGGUAUUUACUAUUCAGAGUUAAUGGAUAACGAACUAGCUCUUCUUCAAAUGAUCAGUUUAGCAUUGUUAAAGAAUGACAGUCCACGUAUUAUUCGAGAACAAACAUCAUUGAAUGAUUUCUUUCCAACCAAUUUAAAACAUACAAAAGAACCACAACCCAGCAAAUUUUGGUCAAAAAUGAAAGUUAUGUUGAGUAAGGAACAAAAUAAAGCUGCUGUUCCGAAUGUCGAAAAAGUUUUCGGUACUCCAUUAGAGGUAUUAGCUGAAAAAUGGGGUGUCGAAUCUGAUCUUGGUAUUGGACCAACUAAAGUUCGAAUACCCAUUAUUGUUGAUGAGUUGUUAUCUACUCUUCGCAAUAUGGAUAUGUCAGUGGAAGGUAUCUUUAGAAAAAAUGGGAAUAUCCGUAAAUUAAGGGAGAUAUCUAAUGCUUUUGAUUCCAAUAUUAAUACUAUUCCUGAUUUAUCAAAGGAAAAUGUUAUGUUAUUAUCAGCAUUGUUGAAAAAAUUUCUUAGGGAGUUGCCUGAUCCAUUACUAACCAGAAGGUUAUAUCAGUUAUGGAUCAAUGCCGCAAAAUGUGAAUCAGAGUCUGAUAAACGCCGUUCCUUCUUUUUGAUAUAUUCAAUGUUGCCAAUAUAUAAUAGGAACACUACAGAAGUAUUGUUGUCAUUCUUAUAUUGGACAUCGUCAUUUUCUCAUAUUGAGAACGAGAUGGGUUCCAAAAUGGAUAUUCAUAAUCUUUCUACAGUUAUUGCACCUAAUGUUUUAUAUGAUCCUACAGAGAACUCAGUAGACAUUGAAAUGAAGAAACCGCUUGAUACAAAUAUUGAUAAUUUUGCACAGAAUGAAGGUGCCAGCCAUUUUCUGGCAAUCGAAGUUAUUGAUUUUCUAGUCAUUCAUAAUGAAGAACUUUCGACGGUUCCAAAAAUCUUAAUCGACCUUUUACGUGAGAUUCAAUCGGCAGGUAUUGAUGAUUUUAUUUCGAUCGAGAACUUUAUUCAAGGAAAAAUUAAAAAGAAAUUAUUGAAUCUCUCAGACUUUACUGUGGCACAAGCUGUUCGAGUCAAGAAUUCAACAUCAUUGGUUAUUCAAAGUGCAACCGAAAAAUGA